UGUGAAAAAAUACUAACCAGCAGCAGCCGGAUUUCGGCCGAAACGGCUGGAAAUGGGAUUCGGAGAAGUAAAACUGGAUGCAGGCGCUGCCAGAAAACGCCUAGCGAUAUCACAGGACCCGUCUACUUUCUAUUACGCGAGCAGGCCAAAUCACAAGUUGCCAUAAGGGAUUUACAAGAACAGUUGAAAGUUGUCGAAGGCCGUCAGGAGGAUAUGGUUCUAGCCAUUCAUGACAUUCAAAACCACCUCGUAUGUUUUAAAGAUCAUAUAAAUGAAUUUCCUCCAAUACAGCAGAAGUGCACAUGUAAUACAGAAAAAUUAAAAUCUUGUGAUAUAUCAAGGAUUUCCAAUAAUAAGAAUGUUACAUCAAAUAGAAAACUCAAUGUUUCUGCUAAAAGAGAAAAUUUUAUGCCUUCUGAAGAUGUUUCCAUAACAUCUGCUUCUAAAUUAAAUCAAAUUAACUGCAUAUCUAAACAAGAUGAAAAGUCUAAUAUGACUGUAGAUACAGUUAUUGUUGACAUAGAUAAUAAACAAGAUAGUGGAUUAGAAUCCGAUUGCCGUGAACAAGGACAUGACAGCACUUACACACUCACAGAUAGUGUUAGAUAUGUGGGAGAGAAUCGUGACAUUAAUGACGGAAGCAUUUUAAGUUCUAAAGAUGAACUAUCAUUACUUCUUGAUAUGAUUAGUCAAAGAGGAUUAUACCUACAACAAGAAGUUGCAGAACUAAAAAAACAGAAAACUAUGGCAGAAGAAAUACCUUUAGAAAGUAAACAAGAAGUUAAAAAACUGCAUAAUGAUAAUGUUCAAUUACAACAACAGUUAUCAGCAGUAGAAGAAGAGAGAGAAAAUUUAAGAAUACAGUUGUCUCAUUUAGAAUCGGCUAGUCAGAAAAUGGAAAGUGAACGAAAGAGACUUCAAGAGAGAUUAGAUGCAGCUAUGUCAGAGAAACAGCAGCUUGUAUCGCGAAUUGACGGACUUCACAUGCAGUUUGUAAAACACGAAAACGGCAUAUCUAAACCUGGCAAGAACAGCAGCAGUGAACAAUUAUCAUUAAAAGAGAAAAGUAAAAUAAUUUUAAAUAGCGAAGAGAAUCGUAAUAAAGUGUCUUCAAUUUUAAAAGAAAAUAAUGUAUUGGAACUACAGCGUCAGUUAUUGACAUACACUGUGGAAAAUGAAGUUCUUCAAACCAAAUUAGAACAGACACUACAGAUUUAUAGAACUAGAGUUUCACAAUGGGAGAAAUCAGAAACUAUGCUGAAAACUCAUAUCAAACAAUUGAUGAAAGAGAAAGCCUUUUUGCAUAAGAAACUGGAAGAAAUGUCAUAUGAAAUAACCACUACUAAAGCUAAUAAUAAAUUACUCGAAAGAACUUUACACACCAUGAGUCAUAAUUUUGAAAUAAAGAGACCAAUUUUAAAAAGUUUACAUCAAAAUGGGAAAAUGAAUGAGUCUGAUAUGUUUCCACAUCAUAAUUUUACUGUGAUGAAAGAUUCCCAAUUUUUAAAUGAUUAUGGAGACAAAACACAAUCUCUUCCAACUAUUUUAUUAAAUCAAAAUGACAGAAUACACUAUCCAUUUAACAAUAAACAAAAAAGCUAUGACUGUGAUGCUCUUCCAGAAAUGUUAAAUCAUCAACUGUCACUGAAUUAUCAGAAUGGCUCUGGUGUUAAUGAAAACAAGCAAUUAAUUAAUUUUAAUGAUAAUGUUGACAAUAUCAUGAAACAUGUACAGUGUAGACAGACAAUCUCCCACAUUAAAGAAAAUUGUGAUAAUUUCUAUUUUACACCCAUUCCAAUCACAGAAAUGGAUAAAAGUUCCCCAAAUAGGAUUGCUCCUCAUUCAGAUCAGCAUCCAUCUUUAAUUGACAGACCUAUUGAAAGUGAAAUUUGGAAUAAAAUUCCAAAAUCAAUAGAAUCUAAUCUUUCGGGGUCGGGUAAUCGUGAAGCUUGUUACAGCAACGACUGGGAACAGCCCACACUAAUUGAUAUUCAGAGCCCUGUUAAGAAAAAUAGUUAUCCAUAUUAUAAAGAUGACAUGGAUUUCGAUAGCAUCCGUAGCGAGUUUGAUCCUCUUUCGACUAACAAUAAUGCUUCAUCCAAGACCGAAUCUCAGCACGAAAUAAUUGAUUCCCUUAAUCUUUACGUUUCAGGACAAAAACAACUGUCUUCGACAGGCGACAGCCUUCACAGUGCAAGUCUGGAACCAGGAAUAUCUUCAAAAUUCAUUCCUCAAAAUAGAAAAUUCAACGAACCUUUAGAUGUGUUCAUAAAUUCUUCAAGAAGAUAUCCUCAAGUGUCCAUCUUGCGAAAUGGUAAAAUUGGACAGUUAGAGAAGACCUGGCCUAUUUCGUCAUCUCGUCCCGACAUGACAAAAAGUCUGACUGACCAAUACGACUUAGGGAGUGGUGAAAACUGUCAUUCCAUUCUUGGUUUCAUGUCUACAACAGAAGGUGAAACACUUUUAUGAGACAGAUAAUUAAAGAUGAUGCAGUGUUGGUUUAUCUACAGAUAUAAAAUUGUAAAAAGUUUAGUGCAAUUUGUGGUUUAGUGAUAAUUUUUUUUUUUUUUUUAUUUGUUUUUGCUUAAAAAUCAAGCAAACCAAAGAUUUAUUUUAAUUUAAAAAUAAUGUGUAAAUACUUAUAUAUAUAUAUAUAUAUUUCUACACAGCUCAUCUUGCAUUUAGCAUAUACUGUAUUUUGCAGCUAUUCAGAAUAGAUAGAAUUAUCAAGAUACAUACAGUAUAAUAUUUACAUUUUUUUUCGUAUAUUCUUUAUUUUGUAUUAUAUUUGAUUUUUAUAGACUUUUAUGAACUUUAUUUCUUCCUCUUUUGAAAAAUAUUGAUAAUUGAUUCAGGUUGUAAUUAAAUUUUGAGUAUUUUCAAAAUGUUGCCUAUGACCUGUGCCUUUGAAAAAUCAUAUUUAAAGUUUUUCUAUGUUCAUAUGCUAAAAUCAACAGUUAUAGAAGAGUAAAUUAUUUCUUCCCAGUUAUUUUGAGUUUCUUUUAAAUUUAUUUCCAUUAAAGAAGUUUAGAGAAAUUUUGAAGCACUAUUAAGUAAUGUUUUUCUUACUCUGAUUCCUAAAUCGUUGAGUUUUAUAAAUAAUUUGUGACAGAACUGAAAUUUACCAUCUGAAAUUUGUUAAUAUUUUAAAUAUAUUCAUAUGUAGAUAGUAUGUGAUAAUCAUAAUUUCCAAAAUGUGGAAAGAUUCUUGCCUUAAGAUUCUCUUAGGAGAAUACUGUAUUUUGAAAAUAUCCUAGUCAGUGGAGCAGUUUAACAUAUAACUCUUAAGGGACCAUAAUUCUGUAUUUUGUCAAGUGUCGAUACUUAUGUAAGUACUUAUGUAGAGCAACAUGUUUGGUCAUUUAUUGAUUACAGCAAGUGUUGUAUCAAAGUAAGGAGAAUUAUUUAGUGCUUGGAUAGAAACCAUGUUUGUUUAAUGGAAGGAAAGGUUUAUUUGACAGUUUCAUUUUGAUUUGUUUAAGAACGACACACAUUCAAACGUUCUGCAACAUUUGUGCCAGAGAUUAGAUUAUCUUGCACAUGGAUGCUUUAUUGUAUUAAAAUUCUUCCCAUAUACAAUACAAUGUAAUUGAAAACAAAUGUGUGUGUAUUUUGAAGAAGAAAAGUUGUUUAAAAUGAAAAUAUUUAUAUUUGUGUCAGAUUUUUUUUAAAAUAGAAAAAAUAUAUAUAUGAAAUAAUAGAUCAUGUUUGGCUUUUGAAAUUUUAUAUUAUUUCAAUAAUUGGAGCAAAAAUAAAUUGAUGUUUACUGUUAGAGUUCUAAUGAGUGUAAGAUAUCAUUGAUAUAGAAUGUGUAUCACAAACAGAAAAUUUUAAAAAUUGUGUGACUAAAGUUCUCAUAUAAACCCGUGAAUAUGCAAUUGAAACUUUUAUGUUAAUUUUAUAGAUGAUGAUUAAUAAAAUACAUUGCAAGAUA